AUGUGCCCAUUCCUGGAGGCGUGCGCCGAGCAGCACCAGCGUGGGCCGAGCAGCACCACUGAUGUCUUCGCCGCUGCUCUCCGCCGGAGGCGGCUUGCCGGCCCGGUGCUAGCGCCAGAGGCGGCCAAUAUCGUGACGCGCCAACUUGCGCGCGAUUCGCGUGACGCUGAGGACGCCGUCAUGCCCGGCACUGGUGACCUAGAGUUCGGCAACACGAUGGAACGUGACAUCCCUACAGGCGCUGACGUCGCCGAGGGCUUCGUCAACAUAUUAUCGGACCUCUUGGAAAUGGCACCGUUCGGCGGUGCAGCUCUGAGCAGGACGCGCACGGACAUCCUUUGUCUAUGGCUCGCCCGUUCGCACUGGGUGGUCGGCCUCAUCGAUGAGAUCGUCAGCGACUCGCCUUUGAUUUUGAGAAACCGGGGCCCCCUGGAGUGUAGCUGCCAAGGCCUCGCCAAUAUGGAGGCGGCACAGGCUGCCUGGCUACGGUACCUGGAUCUCUCCCCGUCGGGGCUUGGUCCUGGCAGUUCGGUUCUUCAACAAGUAUGCGUGGCAGUGGGCAAUCCGGCCACUUUCAUUGAUGCCACUGCAAUGGUGGGUAUGCACGUGCAUGAUACGUUUGUGGGCGCAGACCUUGUACAGUGCAGCGGUUGUGCUCGCACUCGCGCACCUGCCGCGAAGGCGGGCUGCUGCGGGCGAUCGGGCUGUGCGGGCGACGCAGCUCCCUAUCCUUCCAUAGUACCUGAUGGCGCAAUGCUAUCUCCUCAUAUGACUGGCCGCAAGGAUGCCACUCGCGAUUAUGUUUAUCCGGCGCCCUUGCCUGGGACCUUGUCUGGGACCCGCUCUGGCGCCCGCUCGUCUGACUGUUCAUGA